AUGAAGAUCUAUCGCUCUGACUCAAUCUCUAUUCCUCUUGAUCAGAAUCUCACAGAACUGCUGCACAGCUCUGCGUACGCAGAAAGCUUACCAGAGUCUCAUCUCAUUGCAAAAGACAAUCUCACCAACCGAAGCAUUACGAUUGGCCAGCUCCGGUUUCGUGCUGGAAGAAUUGCAAGUGGCCUUUAUGCUGCGUUCAAGCCCCCAGACCAGGCCAGAUGGGCCAUUAUCCUUCCGAAUAGUGUCGACUUUCUAGAGAUAUUUCAUUCCAUUCUAUGGACCGGGGGCGUCGUCUGUCCAGUCAACCAUGCACUCAAAGCUGCAGAAAUAGGUCAUGCCUUGGCCGUUUCUCGACCAGAAUUUGUCGUUGCCUAUGGCGAAAUCGCGUCGGUGGUCAGAGGGGCGAUAGAAGUGGGUCGGGAAGAACUCAUCGGUUCCGGCAUCGAUUGGUCAAAGCCAAACUUGUUGACGAUAGUCCAAAAAUCACCCGGACUGAGACAUGUCCCGGAUGACUUUUGGACGGACAAGCCUCUUCCAAUUCCUCACUGGAAUGACACAUCUAAGCGUCUAGCCUCCAUUCACCUCAGCUCCGGUACGACCGGCAAGCCCAAGGGAGUCGAGCUAACACACUACAAUUUUGUUUCCAAUUGUUACCAACUGUACCAUCAUGAUCCCAAGCAAUUUCACCCGGGCGCAAAGACGGUCGCGUUUACGCCCUGGGCCCAUAUUGCCAUGACCACCAUGCCGCUGUUCCUUGGUCCCUGGACCGGUAUGCUGCAUCACGCCAUGCCGUCGUACAAUCUCGAGCAGUUUGCCGCCUUGGUAGGAUCGAACCAGGCGACCAGUUUCCAAGGGGUCCCCAGUGUGGUCCUCAUAUUGGCCAAUUCGGACGUGACGUCCCGAUACGACUUUUCCCACGCAAAGAUCAUCAAUGUCGGAGGCGCGCCGCUGAAAAAGGAAUUGUUGGAGCGGCUCUAUCAGCGCGCGCCGUGGCGUCUCAUUCAAGUCUACGGAAUGACAGAGGCUGCCGGCUACGUUGCCUAUCAGAAGCUCGGAGAGGAUGUCCCCGAAGGCGCUGUGGGAAGGCUUCUGCCCAAUAUCGAGGCGUGUCUCAAGAAGGAAGGCAGUUUUGAGGACACUCACGAGGGGGGACCCGGCGAGCUAUGGCUACGUGGUCCGAAUAUCGCGAGAGGGUAUGCGUUCAAUGACGAAGCUACAGAAAAGGGGUUUCCAAUGCCGGGCUGGUACAAUACUGGUGAUGUCUGCACGAUUGACGCCGCCGGCAGAAUCAGCGUGGUGGGUCGAACCAAGGAGUUGAUCAAGUACAAAGGCUUCCAAGUCUCCCCAGCAGAGCUGGAAAGCUACUUGAACUCGCAUCCAAAUGUGGUGGAGGGUGGCGUCGGCGCAAUCUGGGAUGAAAGCCAGCUGACCGAGUUGCCUACGGCAUGGGUCAUUCUCAAGGAAGGCUUCAAUGGAGAUGUCAAGGUACUGCAAGCGCUUCGCGAGGUUCAGACAGCAGUUGAUGGUCAAGUCAGUGGCUACAAGAAAUUGAGAGGCGGCGUGUGGCAGAUCAAGGCACUGCCGAAGAAUCCGACAGGCAAGAUCUUGCGAAAGGAGAUGGUGCAAAUGAGGAGCGGGUUGUGUUCGUUGGACAAACCCAUUAGGUCUAAGCUCUAG